AUGAAUUCCAUUUUUGGCGCACAAACCUCCAAUCCUCCUGGAAACAGGUUCACUAACCUUUCUGUAAAUUUUCCUCAACAGCAACAGACUGCAUCACAACAACAAAACACCGUUCUUCAGCCUCAAAAUGGCCAACAAGGUCUUCUAGGUGCUCAAGGACAAUACAAUCAAAACGAGAGUAACCCACCAAGUUGGUUUCAUAAUCCCAGAAAAAGGACUAUCCCUCAAACCAUUAUAAAAAGGUCAUCGAAACCUACCACAUCUGAGGGAGCUACUUCAACUUCAAGUUCAGGAAAUAGUUCAUCAGCUCCAAAUUCCGGUUUUGGAUUGAUUUCUUUUGGGUCCAAGAAAUCCACUAUAUUCAAUUCAAGGUCCACGACACAAGGGACUGAUGUUUUGACUUCCGGCAAUUUAAUUGAUUCUAAUGAAGCCCCACCCAUGAAAUCCCUCUAUGACUUGCAAAGGGAGGAUGAAUUUGGGUCUGUCAUGCCUGCAAGUAAUGAAUCAAAUAAAAAGUCGCUAGCGCUUGGAAAGACAAAGGAAACUACAUCCAUGCGUAAUGUUUUUGACAGAGACGUUCAACAGCAAGAAAAUCAAGAGGAACAAGCAAAUUCAGCUGCUGCAACAAAUCACAAUGAGAGUGCUGUGCUGGUGUUUGGGUAUCCAGAAUCCAUCUCGAACCAAAUAAUUCUUCAUUUUUCCAAGUUUGGUAACAUUCUGGAAGAGUUUGAAGUUUUAAGAGGUGUCUCAGGUAUGAAUAACGCAAUACUGAGAGCGGCUCACAGCCAAAACCUUGAGAAUCAUAAGAAAUACCCAAUUUUCACUGGAGACGGCUGGAUUAAAUUGACAUACGACUCUCCUUCUUCUGCGCUACGUGCAUUGCAAGAAAACGGAACUGUUUACGGUGGUAGUUUAAUUGGGUGUGUUCCUUAUAAUAAACAGGCUGUUGAACAACUGGCGUCAUGCAGGAUUGAGAAGUCCGACGACAUUGGUGGGGUAAACUUUAGCGUUAACCAGACACCAAACAACAAUUUACCAAGCUCAAGCUCUAAUAAUGAGAGCCAACAAAUACCGCCUCCUCAUGAUGAAGAUCAUGCCAGAUUUACUUUCUCUACAAGGAAGUUGGAUUUAAAGGAUGGGGCUUCUUUAUUCGUGCAUAGUGGCAACUCCCAUAACCAUAACUUUUUAAAGAACCUUGAAGAUAGGAUGAGACAACACGAAGCCCAAGUUCAAGCAAAUACUGGUAUUGUAAACAAAAUCAACAGCUGGCUGUUUGGCUGGAAUGACUUAUAA